AUGCACUCGGACCAUUCCCCUUCCAUUCUCAAGCAGUGCAUAGCUAUCCUGCAUUCCCGUGCCACUUCAAUCCACAAACUCAAACAAAUUCAUGCCUUUUCAAUCAAACAUGGCGUCUCUCUCAACAACCCAGAUAUGGGCAAACAUCUGCUGUUCAGUCUCAUCUCCCUCUCCGCACCUAUGUCCUACGCCCACAAAAUCUUCAAGCAAAUCGAUAACCCAAACAUCUUCACUUGGAACACAAUGAUUAGAGGCUACGCCGAGAGCCAAAACCCAAAACCAGCCAUGGAUAUACACCGCAGCAUGCGGUCGUUUGCUGUCGAACCCGACACGCAUACGUACCCAUUUCUUCUUAAAGCCAUCGCCAGGUUAAUCUCUGUCAAAGAGGGUGAAGAGGUGCACUCCAUCGCAACUAAAAACGGGUUCGGAUCAUUGGUGUUUGUCCAAAACGGUUUGGUUCAUAUGUAUGCUGUAUGCGGACGUGCUGAAAGCGCACACAAACUGUUCGAGGAAAUGUCUGAAAGAAACCUCGUAACUUGGAACUCUGUAAUCAAUGGAUUUGUUCUCAACGGGAGGCCUAACGAGACUUUAACUCUUUACAGAGACAUGGUUGACGAACAGGUGGAGCCAGAUGGUUUCACUUUGGUUAGCCUACUCACUGCAUGUGCAGAACUCGGUGCCUUAGCAUUAGGCAAGAGGGUUCAUGUCUACAUGUCCAAAGUCGGGUUAGCUGAGAAUCCCCAUGCUGCAAACGCCCUUUUGGAUCUUUACUCAAAAACAGGAAACAUCAAAGAAGCACAUAAGGUGUUUGAUGAAAUGAAGGACAAGAGUGUAGUCUCAUGGACUACACUCAUAGUUGGCUUAGCCAUGAACGGAUUUGGUGUACUCUACGCUUGUAGCCACUGUGGAUUGGUUGAUGAAGGGUUCAAUUAUUUCAAAAGAAUGAAAGAAGAGUACAAGAUUGAGCCAAGAAUCGAACACCAUGGAUGCAUGGUUGACUUAUUAGGAAGAUCAGGCCAUGUACAACAAGCUUAUGAUUACAUCAUCAACAUGCCAUUACAACCAAACGCAGUCAUCUGGAGAACCUUAUUAGGAGCUUGCACAAUCCAUGGACAUACAGGUAUAGCUGAGUUUGCAAGAGCUAAACUCAUAGAACUUGAACCUAACCACAGUGGUGACUAUGUGUUACUCUCAAAUCUCUAUGCUUCUGAGAGAAGAUGGUCUGACGUGUCAAAAGUGAGAGAAAAGAUGUUAGCAAAUGGGGUUCAAAAGUCACCCGGGCAUAGUUUAGUUGAGUUGGGAAAUAGGGUUUAUCAAUUUGUGAUGGGGGAAACAUCAAAUCCACAAAAUGAAGAAAUCUACAUUAAAUUGAAUGAGAUGACAAGAUUAUUGAGGCUAGAGGGAUAUGUGCCUCAUGUUGUGAAUGUGCUUGCGGAUAUUGAAGAGGAAGAAAAGGAGACUGCUUUAUCGUAUCAUAGUGAGAAGAUUGCUAUUGCGUUUAUGCUUAUUAAUACGCCUAAUGGGAUGCCUAUUAGGGUUGUGAAGAAUUUAAGGGUUUGUGCAGAUUGUCAUCUUGCUAUUAAACUUGUUUCAAAGGUUUAUGGAAGGGAGAUUGUGGUGAGGGAUAGAAGUCGGUUUCAUCAUUUUAAGGAUGGGUUUUGUUCAUGCAAAGAUUAUUGGUAG